GCCAAAAACGCACGCCAAGCAAACUCGGUUCUCGCACCCGGAGUUUAUUGAUGCCCGGCUUGAAGGACGCCGGACUCACGCACCGGCGAGGGCGCUUCCAAAGAGGCAGCAGCGGCAGCGCCUCCUCUUCUCCGCCUGCUCCGGAGCUUCCCCUCCCUCUGUUUGUCUGUCUCUCUCUCUCACACACACAAACUCACACACACACCCUCCGGCCCGCAAGCGGAAAGAAGAGCCUCGCUUCUCGGGAGGCGCCGGGGCGCGUGUCUCUUUCUCUCCCGCUCCCGGCCGACGCCUGGCGGCACGGACGCGCACCGACGCCCGCAAGGACCAGGAGAUCUCUGUUGGAUUAUUUGAAGAAAAGAGACGUUUUGUGCAGCAUGAGGUCAAGAAGAAUUUCUAGAGAGGGAAUUAGAAUGACAUCUUUCCAAACACAACAUAUAUGUGCUGUGCUAUCCUUGGGAAUGCUUCUCUUACCCAUUGCCGGAACAUCAAAACAAAAUGUCCCAAGACUUAAGCUCUCCUACAAAGACUUGCUGCUCUCCAACAGCUGUGUUCCAUUCCUGGGCUCGGCAGAGGGGCUGGAUUUUCGGACCCUGCUGCUCGAUGAGGAAAGAGGUCGGGUCUUACUCGGAGCAAAGGACCACAUUUUUCUGCUCAGCUUGGUUGAUUUAAACAAAAAUGCAAAGAAGAUAUUUUGGCCUGCAGCAAAGGAGAAGGUGGAUUUGUGCAAACUAGCUGGAAAGGAUGCCCAUACAGAAUGUGCCAACUUCAUCAGAGUCCUUCAGCCUUACAACAAGACCCAUGUUUAUGUCUGCGGUACGGGAGCUUUCCACCCAGUCUGUGGCUACAUAGAACUGGGAACACACAAAGAGGAUGUAAUGUUCAGAUUUGAUGCUCACAACCUGGAGUCUGGUCGAUUGAAAUGCCCCUUUGAUCCUCAGCAGCCAUUUGCAUCUGUGAUGGCAGAUGAAUACCUCUACUCUGGGACUGCUUCUGAUUUCCUUGGCAAAGACACUGCUUUAACACGUUCCCUAGGCUCAUCACAAGACCACCAUUACAUCAGGACUGAUAUUUCUGAACAUUACUGGCUCAGUGGAGCAAAGUUUAUUGGAAUCUUCCCUAUCCCGGAUACAUACAACCCAGAUGAUGACAAAAUCUAUUUCUUUUUCCGAGAAAUUUCUCAAGAUAGCACCACCUCUGACAGAACUAUCCUUUCCCGAGUUGGCCGAGUUUGUAAGAAUGACAUGGGAGGUCAACGAAGUCUGAUAAACAAGUGGACAACAUUUUUGAAAGCAAGGCUAGUUUGCUCAAUUCCUGGCCCAGAGGGAGCAGAUACUCAUUUUGAUGAACUACAAGAUGUAUUCCUACUUUCCACGCGAGAUGAAAGAAAUCCGAUGGUGUAUGGUGUCUUCACAACUAGCAGCUCUGUCUUCAAGGGCUCUGCAGUCUGCGUGUAUAGCAUGGCUGACAUCAGAGCAGUUUUCAAUGGACAUUAUGCCCAUAAAGAGAGUGCAGACCACCGUUGGGUUCAAUAUGAUGGACGGAUUCCAUACCCCCGGCCUGGUACAUGCCCUAGCAAAACGUACGACCCAUUGAUCAAGUCCACAAGAGAUUUUCCUGAUGAUGUCAUUAGCUUCAUAAAGCGCCAUCCUGUGAUGCACAAAUCAGUUUUCCCCAUGACCAGAGCACCUGUUUUUACUCAAAUCAAUGUGGACUACAGGCUAACUCAGAUUGUGGUAGAUCGUGUCAUGGCUGAAGAUGGCCAGUAUGAUGUGAUGUUCCUAGGGACAGAUAUAGGAACCGUACUCAAAGUUCUAAGUAUAACCAAAGAAAAGUGGGACAUGGAAGAAGUGAUCCUAGAGGAGCUGCAGAUAUUUAAGCAUCCAUCACCUAUCUUGACCAUGGAGAUGUCCCCAAAACAGCAACAAUUGUACAUUGGUUCCAGAGAUGGAUUGGCUCAGCUCUCGCUACACAGAUGUCAUACGUAUGGAAAAGCUUGUGCAGACUGUUGCCUUGCCAGAGACCCAUACUGUGCUUGGGAUGGAAAUGCAUGUUCCAGAUAUACACCAACAUCUAAAAGGCGUGCAAGGAGGCAGGAUGUCAAAUAUGGAGACCCCAUCACCCAGUGCUGGGAUGUUGAAGAAAGCAUUAGUCAUGAAACCACUGAUGAAAAGGUGAUUUUUGGCAUUGAAUUUAAUUCAACGUUCCUGGAAUGUAUUCCAAAGUCCCAGCGAGCUUCCAUUCGGUGGUUUAUUCAGCGCUCUGGAGAAGAGCACAGGGAAGAGCUGAAACCUGAUGAAAGAGUCAUCAAGACAGAAUAUGGCCUGUUGAUCCGUAGUUUGCAGAAGAAGGACACUGGGGUGUAUUAUUGCAAAGCGCAGGAGCACACAUUUGUCCAAACCAUUGUGAAGUUAAAUUUAAAUGUCAUUGAGAAUGGACAGAUGGAAAGUUCUCAGAAGACAGAUGAUGAGGAAGGGCGAGUGCGGGAUCUGCAAGCUGAGUCACGACUUAGGUACAAGGACUACAUUCAGCUUCUUAGCAGCCCCAGCUUCAGUCUGGAUGAGUACUGUGAGCAAAUGUGGCACCGGGAAAAGAAACGGCAGCGUAACAAAGGCGGGCCAAAGUGGAAACAUGUCCAAGAGAUGAAGAAAAAACGGAACCGGCGACAUCACCAACCUAGUACCCAACACACUCGGCUUGUCUCUACAUAGUUUGCCUAUUUUAUUUAAAGAAAGGACUUUUUUUGCAAAUGAAAAUACUUUUGUUACUGUUUUUUCUAGACUCUCCCUAUUGAUGUUGCUUCUUGAAGAGACCAGUCAAUGCUGAGUCAUUAAUAUAUAUGAGACCACAUGGAAGAAUACACUAGCCUUUGGGGAUUUUCUUCAGAACCCUGUAUAAUAGUCAGCAAUUUUGAGAUAUGAAUUGGGAUUAUUGUGCUUGCAUCUCAGGCUCUGAAGACUUAAUUUAUAUAAUUUUUCAAUCAUUCUGUUUCUAGAUGGAAACAUAUGCCUGGUGUUUGCUAAACAAGUGCUAAAUUCUAUUACAUUUCAGAACAGGCUGGAGAUACCUUUAGGACCUAACAUAAUGAUGACCAGGAGGACUAUUUGUCCCAGGCCUCACAUUAGUAGAGCCUCAAAUUUAGGACUUCAAAUUUAAAAUAUACAUUUUUACACUAUUAUGACAUUUUUUAAAAUAUAGUGAGAGCUUCAACAAAAAUCGAAGUGCCCAAGGAAACUAAGUAUUGGUAAGGGUGUGUUAAAAACAGAAGCUAAGGAACAGGCCGAAAGAUGUGGCCUGCUAAACUGUAAUUCAGGUGGCCAAGCAUGACCCUUGAAAUGGUGCAGGACUGCAGUACCCAGCUGACCAAGCAAACGGAGCCAAUAGUAAGGAAUGCUGGGAACCUCUGUCUAAUAACAUUGGGAUAGUCCUGCUUUGCCCACAGUUGUUAUGGAUUCUGCUACAAAUACCACAAGUCCAUUCAGUUGCACAGUUGUAUUUCCUCAACAAUGUCAUUAGCGUAUGUCAGUGCCCUAAAUUGGGCAAUAAUGCGGAUUUAUUCAUUCUAAGCCCCCAUAGCUUUACAGGAAGAAAUGUAGCAGUGUUUUUUUCCCCAUUAGGGUGCAAGUAGCAACAGGUUUGAAGAUCAUCUGCUGAUAUGACAUGUUGACUCCAAUUGGGACUGCCAGGGAAUGGUAAAAUUUCUAAGAAACAAAGCAGAGGUAGGCUUACAAAUCCUAUUAGUAAGAAAUGGGAUUUUUGCCAGCACCAGUUCUGUCAGUCUCUGAAGGUGCCCCCUGUCCCCAAAUCCAUGUCUUACCCCACCACUAUUGCUUUAAGUCCUUUUUUUUUCCUCUUUGCAUUUCUUUCUUUGGUACAAAAGAGGGAUAAAAUUAGAUCUGCCUGGAAAACUGGAGGGAAGCAGUCUUUUAAUCAGCUGUGUAUUCUUUGUGCAGAGGUCUUAUAUAUUUUAAAGACUGUGGUGCAUUGUCGGAAUUAUUGUUUUAUAUUUUUUUACAAAGAAAGAGAACAAAGUCCUAGUGUAAAUAACGCACAACCUAGAGAUUGGCAGCUUUGCGGUUUUGUAAAAUGUUCCUAAUUUUUAUUUCUCUGCUCUUUUGUAGAUUUACAUGUCUCUCUUUAGAAAUAAGUCCCAUGGAAUAUAAUGGGCCUUAUUCCAAGGCAGUUGAAUAAAGUAUAGGGCCACAGACUUGCUCACUCAGACUGAAUAGAAUUCUGGGUCAGAUGCCAGACUGAUUUACACCAGCUUCAUCUAGGGUAUGGUUUAGUGGCUUAAUUGAACCUGGUUUAUUUCACCAGAAAUGAGAUCAAGCAAAACUAGCAGCUGAUCUUAUUAUUUCCAAAAGGUUCUGACACAGCACUGCCUUCCUGCUAGCCAACAUACCCCCCACCGCAUGCACACACAUAGUUUGCUUUUUCACGCCUUUUUGAGUGUGAAAUGACAAAUUAGCCUCUUCUUCACAUGGAAGAAAGCUUUGAUGGAUACCAAAACAACAGACUUUCCUUAUUUUCUCAUGUUUUCUGCUUAUGUUGAGAGCAAAGUCUGUGGGAAACCCAUGCAGUUGAUGCGCUGCUCAUUAAAGCAAAGGCUCAGUCCUGGAAAAAGUCAUUAUCUGCUGUUGUUUUGUAUGUGUACCUACAUGUUUCCAAUUAAUAAAUGUGCAGCCACUUUCUUUUCUGCCCUGUAUUUGUAUUCGGAUAGAGAUUGACAUUUUGAAAAUACAAAUGUUCAUGCUCCACACAAACUUGAAAUAAUCUUAUUGCAGAAUUAAAUCAUGCAGGGAUCCUACUUCCGAUUGCCCCCCCCCCAUAUAAUUUCACAUAGUUUCCUGAAAAGGAAAUUUGUCCCAUUGUAUUCCAGGCUCUAAUCCCAACACAGUAUAUUUCAUUAAAAGAGCAUUGGGUGGAAUUACAGCGGAAUUAAAUAAAAAACUGAACAUCCAGGUUAUGAUAGACAACGUAGUAAAAACCCUGUUAUAGUAAUGCAUCAUGAUUGAUUUAGCAAUUAGAAUGAGAGGGGUUAAUCAUUCAGCACUAGUUUUCUGUACCUGUUUCUUGGAUAUUUUCAUUGAAGAAAGCCCCCUGUGAGCAAAAUAGAAAGCAGAUCCAAGAAACCUUACAACAUGAAACAUUACAGGGCUCUUAUUGACCACCAAUACAAUGCCUGCAUAAAUUUAAUUCUGUAGUAUAAGCAACAUGCAUAGUACAAUUUAAUUGUCUUGUAAGCACAUUCGGUUUUUUAAAAGGAAUGUUUUCACUGGAAUUUACUUUGUUGCAAUAUCAGAUUAGUAAAUGAAUUGGUGGAAAUUGUAAAAGGAUGUAUUCAAGAUGUGCAUGAAUUAAGAUGUCAAAGAGGGGUGGUAUGCAAAAUUCUCCUCUCCCCCAUGUUUUAAAGUUGUAAAUAAUAGAGAUACUUCAUGUAAUCAUACAUGUCUCUUAAAUAUGUUAUAUAUUCUAACUUAUGGCAAGGCACACAUGGACCAUAACACUGAAGCUUUUGUAGGGGUGAGAGAAUCUUAUCUGUUUCACUCUCUCAAAC